AUGAAGCCAAGUUUAUCCUUUAGUGAAAAGAAACAAGUCGUCUCGGAUAAUAAAGUUCUCAAUUAAAGUUGUCAUUGCACAGAUUGCGGAGGUAAGAUUCACAAGAAAUUACUCUCAAAAUAAGACACUGAUCAUUUUCCACUUGAUAAGAUUAUAAAAAUCAAGCAUUCGGAAUUGGAUAAAACUCCAACCAAUUUGGAAACACUUCUUCGUUCUAGUGGCAAUCCAUCUAUCCAUACUCCUAUGAAUGUAAGUAAGACAAGGACAAAAUUUAAACCCAUCACUCACAUCCUUUAAAUGGUACAUGUGAAAAGCGUGUUAUCAAAGUUAGUAAAUUCUCACCCGAUCAAACAAUAAUAAUAAGCAUUUUAAUCAUCUCCCCAAACUCUCUCUGAUUUUACUUCGAAGCUUCAGGGUUUGAAGAUUUUUGAACCAAAAGAUAUACAAACUCCUGUGAUUGGAUAAAGAUUGAAGACUGAACCAAUUAUUUAAAACUAGCAAUAGCCUCCGUAAAUUGAUACAAAAAAGUUUUAUUAUCCAAGAGUCUCUAGAAUAAGCUAAUUAGGAGCAUCAAGUCUUCUAAAUUCUUCAGAAGCGAUUGAUAAGAAGCCUGUGAAUAAAUUAGCUGCUUUAACUAAACAUUAUCUUAAAGAAUUCAAUGUACUUAUUUCAAAAAAUCGGAUUCGAAACUCAAAGACAUUGUUAAGAGACACAAUUGAUGUUUAUUAUUAAAUUAUGAAAAAAUAAAGAGUAUAACAAUAAUCAAGAUUUCCUGUAACAAAAAGACCUUUAUAAUAAUUUGAUUUGGAAACUGAAGAAUAAAUAGAAUAGAGAUUCAAUGAAUUUUUAAAUGAGGCUUAAAAUGAAACAAUAAAAUUAGUAACAGUUGAGAAGGGUAAAUAGAGAAGAUUGGCAUUUAAUCAAUUCAAAAAGAAAACAAUCAAGGAGAGUCAAAUGGUUGAGUAAUCUUCGUAUGAUGGAGAAAACCAAUCUCGAGCUGAUGAAAUUAUAGAAUUAGAGCCAAAACCAGAGAAGGAGAUAAAUCAAAAAAAUGAAGAAUUUUACAAAUUUUUUGUUGAUCGAUACUUCCAUAAAUAAGUAGUGAAAUAAUAAGCAUCAACAUAAACCUUAACAAAUGAUGUAAACUUUUUAGUCAACAGAUAUGGAGAUUUUUUACAAAAUUCACUUAUGUCUAGUUUAAUUAUUGAUACCUUAAAACACAAAUUUUAGACUCAAAUACCUACGUAUGAUCAUUUUGGAACUGCGUAAAAGAUUUUGCAAUCAUUUAAUGUCUCAGCUGUUACUUUGUGUAAUAUGAAAACUGCAGAAGAAAGACAAGCAUACUUGCUAAAUAGUUUCUAAAGCAAAUGCGAUUCAUUGAUGAGUGACUGGGUUCUCAAAAUUGCAAAGAAGGAUAAAUAACUCCAAAUGAUAGAUAAGUAAUUUACACUCACAAUAAUGAAGAAUCGUAAACAACAAAAUGAUUUAUUUAAAUGGCUGACCUUAAAAAGUAAAUAUUAGGUUCUCUAAAAAAAGUUAAGAGAGAUGCUUAUGGAAAAAAUAAAUGAAUACGAAAAUCAAAUUAAAAUUGCAGAUGCUAUUAGCAAAAAUAAAAAGGUUAAUUUAAAAGGUAUUGAAACCAUUUAAACUUCGUAAAUUGUUAAAAAUAACAAUUUCUAUUCACAAAGCAAUCAAGAUUUAUUACAGUGGAAUCCAAUAUUGGAAGCUAAAUUUUAAAAGGAAAGAUUAAAAGCUCAAUACACUUACAAUUCAGCAAUUAAUUCUAGUAAUUUCAAUCAAGUAGCCUUUAUGCAGAUAUUUGAUUAAGUCAAAAUCGAUGAUCCUGUCUAUUUAUAACGAGAAGUCAAAAUGUAAAAAUAUAUGAAUGGAGACUGGUUAACACCAUAGGAAAUGAAAUUUCUUGCAAAUACAUCAGAAUUACUAAAUAAAUGUGUUGAUUAAAAGUAAGUCAAGAAAGCAGUGAUGCACAUCAAAGAAAAAUAAAUCUAUGACUUAGAAAAUUAUUUAGCUUAAUAGAUUAUUUAGAAUCAUUAGUCACUCAAUUGCUAAAUUCAAUAAGCUAGAUCAUUUUGGUUAAAGGAAUAAAUAACGAAAAGAAAAGCUUAAAUCAAACAACAUGACAAACAACUCUAAGAAUCAAUUAAACAUAACAAAUAAGUAAAGGAGCAUGAUAGAAAAGUCAAGAAACUUCAAAGAAUUUGCAAAAAGCUAGAAGACAAUAUAUCCAUAAAAGAUUAAGUUUACAGGAACUUCUUCGCUCUGAUUUUUGUCAGAAAGAUAAUACAGAAGGUAGAGUAUCUCAGAUUUAUUCAAUUGGAAAAAAGUAAUAUGUUUGUAAAGGAAACACUAGCGGAAUAGGAAAAGUUGAGACUUCAUAAAUAAAGAUUAAAAGCACUUUCAUUACCAUACAAUCAUGAAGAAGAUAAACGUAGAAGAUACCAUCCAUCUUCUAAAGUAGGAUUUGUUCCUACUCAUGGUAUGACUGCUGAUGAUUGGGAGAGGAUUAAGAUAUAAAGGCAAAAAGAAAAUGAAUACAGAUUAGGAGUAUUAUCAAUCGAUAGGAAUAAAAAAGAAAACUUUUAAAAGUUUUACUCAUCAGGCCCAAAUAAAGCUUUAAGACAAGAUCCAAUUUUCGAUCCUCUAAAUCCUAAUGAACCUCCUAAACUGAGUGAAAAAGAAUUAAAUUCAAUCAUUAUGAUUCAAAGAGCCAUCAGAAAAAGAAUUGCUUACAAAAAAUUAAAAAAUUAUAAGGAAUUAUUUUUUCAAAACAAACUUCGAAUUUACUCAGAAAAAUUAACAAGGCUAAAUUCGGAAAAGGAGUUCCAAACAAACGUAAAAGAAAUGACAAUUUAAUUAAUUAAUAAACCUCAAAUCAGAAUUAAAACUUCAAGUAAUAGAGUAAAAUCAGAAAUUUCCUUAGCUAAGUCAAUGAGAACAAAAUUAAAAACUGAGGAAACUGCAGAACCAUCUUCAAUUGGAUUUGGGAGAUAAGGUAGAUUAGUAACAACGUAAAAUUUAUCGAAAGUCAAGACUCUUCUUGUUAAACAUGAAAGACUUCUUAGAUAUUCUAAAUUGAAUUAACCAAAUCAUAUCCUAAAAUCAGGGUUCUAUUAUACACAGGAUGACAUAGAUGUUAUGGAUCAAGAUGGAAAUACAGCUCUGUAUUAUGCUUCUAUGCAUGGAAACAAUAUUUUAAUUGAUUUUAUGUUGAAACAUGGAGCUAAUCCUAAUGUAUUAUGCAGUGAUGGGACUCCGAUGCACAUGGCGAUCAAAUCAAAUAAAAUAGAUGUGAUAUACUUGUUGUUAAACAAUGGUGGGAGUCUAAAUAUUGUGAACAAACACAAUUUCACUCCUUUGAUUUAUGCAACUGACAAAAUAUUAAAAUAAUUGGGUAUGAAAUAAAAAGGAAUUGUUUCUGUUUCCAAACAAUUUACAGAAGUAAAAAAUGAUGAAAUACUUGUAUCUAAAGACAUGGCUUCUUAAUGUGAUUGA